AUGGGUAGAGUUAGAACUAAGACCGUCAAGCGUGCUUCCAAAGCUUUGAUUGAACGUUACUAUCCAAAGUUGACUUUGGACUUCCAAACCAACAAGAAAUUAUGUGAUGAAAUUGCUACCAUCCAAUCCAAGAGAUUGAGAAACAAGAUUGCUGGUUACACCACCCAUUUGAUGAAGAGAAUUCAAAAAGGUCCAGUUAGAGGUAUCUCUUUCAAAUUGCAAGAAGAAGAGAGAGAAAGAAAGGAUCAAUACGUUCCAGAAGUUUCCGCUUUGGACUUGUCUCACUCCAAGGGUGUUUUGAACGUUGACAACCAAACCGCUGAUUUGGUUAAAAACCUUGGUUUGAAAUUGCCAUUAUCUGUUACCAGCGUAUCUGCUCAAAGAGAAAGACGUUUCAGAAGAAGAGUUUAA